AUGAACAGUGCGCACCAUACAAUAGCGAUGCCUAGAACUCAGCGCUUACAGCGUGAAGGGAGUCCAUCUAUUGCUCCAGACAGGGCCAAUAAGAUGGCUGGAAGAACAAAUGCGGCUCAGGAAGUGCCUGGGGAGAGGACGAUACUGUCUCAUUCCUUUGCUGACGUUUCCCUGCUCAUUGGCUACAAGCUGCAAAUGAACAUCGGACGCGAACUUGGUUCAAUGGCGUUGUCUGGGCACAAAAGACGUGCAUUGAUAGCAAGCCCUUGCGAUAUUUCCAUGAUCCGAAACACCAAGGCGUUUAGGGCAAGUUAUACAUUGACGGCAAAAAGCCUUGAAAGGGAGACGAAAGCUCAUAGGGAGAAGUAUUCGCAACCUCAAGUCUUCUUUCCUCCUCCUCAUACUCCUUGUGAGCAAGCUAUGGAAGACCCAUUCCCGGAGCUCACAUUGCGCCUCCCAAGAGCGGCCACCAACGAGUCGCUCCAAAAGUGGAGGGAAAAGAACUCCAGUCACGGGAAUCUGACUUUUGUGGUCAUCAAUGUCAAUGAGCCGAAAGAAAGGAUGUCAACCGUUUCUGAUGAGAUAUGGAAAGACGUUGAGAAGCAGGCGAAGGAUAAUUUGGGUCGACAGGUAUGA